AUGACUUCAAACGCUGAACCAGGACGUCCGAAUCCCAGCACGGUUACUGAACAUCUCGCGGGCACCGCUCAAUCAUGGCAUGGGAAGAUCACGCCGGAUGGACCAUUCCCUCCACAACGGGGUCGAUAUCACAUGUACAUCGGAUUGUUCUGCCCUUUUGCGCAUCGAGCGAACCUCGUGCGACAUCUAAAAGGACUAACGGAACUGAUUGACAUUUCCGUGGUGAAGCCCUACCCCAAGGGUGACGAGCGAGGGUGGCCAGGCUGGCAGUUCCCCCGCUCAGAUGACGAAUAUCCCGGGGCAACGGUGGAUCACCUCUUCGGCAGCAAGUGCCUGCAUGAAAUCUAUUUCAAGGCUGAUCCACAAUAUAAAGGGCGGUACAGCGUACCGGUGCUGUGGGAUCGCCAGACUGAGACGAUCGUAAAUAACGAGAGCGCCGAGAUAAUGCGAAUUCUGCAAACAGGGUUCAAUACAAUACUACCCGAGGCGUAUGCACAGGUGACAUUGUAUCCGGAGCAUUUGAGACAGAAGAUUGAUGAAGUGAGUACCUGGAUGCAAAGGGAUUUGAACACGGGGGUAUACAAGGCGGGAUUCGCGGGCUCCCAGGAAACAUAUGACAAGAACGUGUUACCUGUCUUCGGCGCAUUGAAUAAACUGGAGAAGAUGGUGGCAGAGAACGGCGGUCCAUAUAUUCUGGGUCAGGAGCUCACCGAGCUAGAUAUCAGAGCGUACGCGACGCUGAUCCGUUUCGACACCGUGUAUGUGCAGCACUUCAAGUGCAAUCUGGGCACGAUUCGGCACGAUUAUCCUCAGCUCAACAAUUGGUUGAAGAAUUUGUACUGGAACGUCAACAGAUUCAGGGAGACAACCGACUUCCGGCACAUCAAGGAGAACUAUACCAAGAGCCACUAUGACAUUAACCCCAAGGCUAUCACGCCGAGAGGGCCUUAUCCGGAUAUUGAGGAAGGAUAUGAGGCCGAUUUGGGUAAGGUGAAGAUUGGAGGUAUCACGAUGCCAGAGGUGGUGGAGUGGGAAAAGCAACUGCCGUGA